GACUGCUUGCCACCCAGCGGAUCUGGGAGACCCAGCCUGGGACUGCAGGAGAGGCUUCGGCAACUGCGGCCGGUCACGAGCAGGAAGAAGAUUCUUCCGUGUCCUUCCUAGCCAGCUCCAGGAGGCUGAUCAGCGAGGGAUGGAAGAAACGGUUGUGCUUGCCUAGAAGGUACGAGGCCCUGGUUUCCACUUCUACCACCACAUCAACCACACAUGGUGGCUCAUGAUCAUAACCAGAAUGCUUGGGAGGCAAGAAGUUCAUGGUCACCCUCUGCUACAGAGCCAGAAGAGGGCACCAGACCUCAUUACAGAUGGUUGUGAGCCACCAUGUGGUGGCUUACCAUGUGGUGGCCGGGAAUUGAACUCAGGACCUUUGGAAGAGCAGGCAAUGCUCUUAACCACUGAGCCAUCUCUCCAGCCCCCAACACCACUGGAUCUGUAGCUGGAGGAAAGGAACAAGCUCACUGAAGGCAUCCCAUGGAGAGCGAGCAGAGGGUUGCCAAGGAUGCAGUCCUGGAGGAUUCCAUUCUUCAGAGGUUGGGAGGAAGAGGAAGCACUUUAGAGGCCAGCAGGCCCAACCAAGGAGGCAAGAAGCUGAAGGAGAAGGAUGCUCAGGAGCCACUGGGAACCAAGGGUUUCAAGAAAGGAAGAAAGGAAGAAAGAAAGAAAGAAGAAAAAAACAGCCUGAGAUGCUUCAGGAGGUUGGAAUAGGUUUCUAGACUUGUCCCUGUGGAGGAGGUGACUUUGACUAGGCCAACUUCAGGGGGACAAAUGGUAAAAGUUAAAAAGUGAGGCACUGAGAGAUGUCUCAGAGGUUAAGAGCACUGGUUGCUUUUGCAGAGGAUCCAGAUUCAGGUCCCAGCACCCACAUGAUAACUCACAAGCAUCUGUAAUUCAGUUCCUGAUGAUCUGAUGCCCUCUUCUGGCAUUUGUGGGUACUGCACACACAUGGUGUACAGACACACAUGCAGAUACCCAUAUACAUAAAAUAAAUAUUAAGAAAAGAAUGAAAGAGUGAGAGGAAGCUCUGCAUGGAAAUGCACCCUUGCAAUCUAGAAUGCAGGAGAUGGAGGCAGGAGAAUCCUCAGACACUUAAGGCCUAGCCAGCCUGGAAUACACAGUGGCAAAUAAAACACUCUUUCAAGCAAGGUGGAAGGGAGGGGGCACUCUGGAGUUUCCGACCUUCACAUGUGCACUGUAUCAUGUGUGUAUACCAAUAUUCACACACACAAACAUAUUCAUACAUACAUCACACACAUACACAAAUAUGUGCAAACACAUAUCACACAGAGAUUUUAAAAAUGAAGUUGAUGAAAUAAAAUCCCUUCAAAGUUGGGUAUCUGCCACAAAUCAUGACCAAGGCUCUGUAUGGUUGGGGUCAGUGUGUGCACUCAGAUGUCACCUCAUCAUGCCUCCUUUUCCAGGAGCUGGGUCCAUUCUUUACCCACAGAGACCCAACAAGGAGAGAUGCCUGGAGCUCCCCCACAGAUAGGAGACCCUCCUCCUCUUCACCACAGUCUUUGCCCUUAUCUUGUCCAUGCCAGUCUGCUGACCGCUCUCAGGACGCCUGACUGCCCGAUCUCUGAUGUCACUGUUACCGUACUGGUGUCUUUGUCAUCUUAGAAGGGGGGAGGUGGAUCCUGAUGACUGGGUUUGAUCACAGCUGUCCCCAUAAGGACUCCUUUACACUGCUCUCCCUUCCGUUCCCGCAAUGGGUCCUUCUCUAUGCUCUGAAAGUCUGGGGAUGUUUACAGCUCUUUGGAUCUGCAACCUCCCAGGUUUACAUGUCCAUAUUUUCAUAAAUAGUCCCCUUCUCCUAAAUUCAUGUGACUCAGAACCUCAGAAUGAAAACUUGGGGAAAGUCUUGGCGGAUGUAAUCAUCUGAGUUAAGACAAAGUCAUACUGAUUUAUGGUGGCCCUAACUCCAGGCACUCCGGGAAGAUCAUCUAAACACCACGUGGUGGUGGUGGGGCAGAGUUUGGAGUAAAUCUGUGUCUUAGUUUCCUGUUGCUGUGAUGGGAACAUACCCUGACAACAACACUUAAGGGAGGAAGGGUGUAUUUGGCUUGUCAUUUAUCAUGGCGGGGAAAUAAAGUCGGUGGGUACUUGGAGCAGCUAGUCACACAUCUGUAGUUGAGAGCAAUGAAUUCAUGCAUACAUGCAGUGCUCACCUGACUCUGCACUCUUCUCUUCUGCAGAAACCCCUUUCCUAGGGACUGGUGCCACCACACUGGACAGUCUUGCCACUGACAUGGCCAGAAGCCUGCCUCCAAGAGAGAAGAGAAUGUUCUUGGGAAAGGCGGAGAACGAGUCUGAAGUCAGGAAAGCUCGACUCUACAAGGGAUUGAGGUGGAAGACCCAGACCCAGGGGACCCAGGGUGCCCAGCAUUCCCAAUCACCGGAGAAUGAACUCUGCCCCUCCAAGGAGCACACCUCUAAGGUCUGCCUGUGCGGGUGCAGCUUGCGGAAGAAAGCUGUGCUCCACCCUAGGCCAGACGCAGCCCCAUUUCCGGCCUCUCGGGUGCUGCCCAGCUUGUCAGCAGAGAGGAAGCCACCGGCUCCCCAGAUGAUGGUCCUCCCGACUCAGCUCUCCCACAACUCCCCGAAGUGGAAAGCUGGGGGCAAGUCCCCGCUUCUGUCUUGGCGUGACCCGGUGCCCCUGCGCCAGCUGGUGCCGAUGUCGAUGAGCGUGUGGCCCAAAGGCUUCAUUGACCCACUCCCUAAACCUUUGCCAGAGCAGUCUCUGAGCACCUUUAUCCACAUCGAAGGGGUUCACAUCCCCAGGGCAGGGUCCCCAGUGAUAUCACUGGUGGAAGAACCCGAGUCAUCUCUGCCAACUUUACUCAAAUGAAUGUGUAUGGUCAGUUAUGAUUGCUCCUGUCUACUGUAAGCGGGUAAAGCUGUUUUUCUAUUUUAACUGAGAAAUAUAUCUAUAUCUUCAUUGUAAAUCCAGUUGGGACUCCCAGAAUUCUGUAGUACAUAGUGUGUCUUUCAAAAUAUUUUUUUAUUUUAUCUUUAUGUAUAUGUGUGUGUGUGCCUGAUCAUAAGUGUAAUAAGUUGGUAAAGGUGCCUGUGGAGGUCUGAGAGGGUGCUCGAUUGAAUUGGAGUUCAAGGUAGUUGUGAAUUGUCCAGUGUAGGUCAAGAGCAGCGAGCACUCCUAACCAUCAGGACAGGGACUCAGACAGCCCAGAGGGACCUUGCAUUUGGUAUGUAGCUGAAGCUGGCCAUGAACUAUUGAGACUCUGGCUUUCUGCUCCUAAUUGCUGGGAUUGUAGGCAUGCGUUGUCACACCCGGGGAUGACCUCCAGUUGACAAUCCUUCAGUCAUGGCUGCCCACUCUGUCCACAGUGGGUGAUGUUUCCCUAUUGUCCAGGUUCUAGUAGGACAUGGACUCAGGCACACUUCAGUUCACUUUUCACAAACCAGCGUACUGGGAUUUUGUUGGGAAUUGUGUUGAAUUUGUGGAUGUAUAUAGAGAACUGAGAUUAUGAAAUGAGUUGUUCUGCCUGUAACGUAGUGUGACUCCCUUUACCUGUGGGCCAGUGCCUCCCUUCCUGAGAGGAUGCCUGGGUAACAAAAAUAACAGAAACUGGGACUGAGGUAUUUAGAUCUUUCAAUUUUCUUGCCGUUUUACCAUUGCAGUGUAAAAGCUUUAAGUGUUUAUUUUAUCUCCCUCCCUCCCUUCCUUCUUUCUUUUUUUCCUUUCACCCACCUCCUCCUUUUACUCUUCCUCAUCUGUUUUGGGACAGGGCUUAAUGUAGUCCAGGCACCCUUGAAUUUGCUAAGUAGCUGAGGAUGGCCUUGA